AUGAGCCUUGAUCCUACCUUUCACGCCAAGCACGACCAGCGCCUCCACGGUGACCGGAGGACAACACCUCACUCCCACGCAGACUGCCUUUCACUGUUCACGUCAUCCAAGUCCAUCACUUACCUGAAUCACGAGGCCACGACCGUCCGCCUGACGUCUCCGUCCGGACCACGCACGACGUUUCGCAUCUUCGGCUCGCCCUAUUCGCCUCGAUGUGGGCUCUGGGGCUUCUCAUAUGACAGGGAUACCACCACUGCUGAGUUGUCAUCGCAUGAAGCAUCGCCGCCGCCGGAGCAGCGCCAGCAUGAGCCGUCGGCAACUAGGCUGUGGGAGUCCAUCCCGUCGACGGCAGAUAUUGUCGUCACGCACACUCCCCCCCGUGGUCAUCUAGAUGACAGGGCCGGCGCCGUCACCGGUGCAGGCUGCGAGGCUCUCCGCCGUCGGCUGGCACGGGUACGUCCCAUCCUCUCCGUGUGCGGACACGUUCACGGUGGGAGGGGCGCCCAGCGGGUAUCGUGGCCAGCAGCGCCGGACUCUGGGGGUGGUGACGAGGCGAGAGACGCCGUCGUCGUCACGCCCUGGGAGGACCCGAGCCCCGAAGCCACCAGUAGCAAGAUGAGCCUCGUCGACCUCACAGGUCGGAGGGGCGGUGCUGCAGCAGCAGCAGCACUGGCCAGCAAGGCCGCCAGCGCCUUUGGCAGUGGGAGCGGUGCUGCUGCUGCCUCUGCUGCUGCCUACCGGGAAAGGAAAGAGACGUGCAUCGUCAACGCAGCCAUCGUCGGGACGGACUAUCCUCACAUUGGCGGGAAGCAGCUCAACAAGCCCAUCGUCGUGGACGUCGAGCUGCCCGUGUGGGAGGAAGACGUGCCCGAUGAACAGGCGUCGACAGCCUGA